UCAUCUAACAGACACACACACACACACAGACAUACAUACAAAUACCUAUCAAUAUACUUACCGAUCUUAAGAUCGAUAAGUAAUAACCCCGUACCCGACAUGAGCUGGUAACCCUCUUAUCAGCAUUACUUUCUCCUGGGAUAAAUAAUGUAAAUCCUAUAUUUUACCUCUAAGUUCCGAAAAUUCCUAUAAUUAUGUCCAUGUUCCGUGUUGCAUGAUAAUUCAUUAUCAGGUGUAAAAGCUAUGGCACAUAGGUGUAAAAAUAUUACUUAAAUUUAGAUUAAAAUGCACACGAGACCACAUAUUUUGGAUACAUAUGCUCGAGUAAUGGCUAUGCAAGGAGUUACGAUGACAAUGAACUCUCACACCCGAGGACAAAAAGUGGAGCGCAGACGUUACAAAAGAACGUUAUAUUGGUUUGGAUUUAUCGAGAUUAUACUUGGGAUUGCAUCCUGCAGUGUUUGUAUUGUCGGCCUCGUUAUUGCCUCUGUACAUUGGAAGAAUAGCAUGAUAUCAACAUCUUCGGGUUUAUGGUGCGGAAUAUUUCUUAUAUUUUCUGGAAUCGCUGGAGUUCGUGUCAACCGUCAAUCAUCCGCUUGUAUCAUCAGAAUUAACAUGGCCCUGAGUAUUAUUUCCUGUAUAUUUAUGUGUGUGAUGUUUAUUAUGUCCAUACUAGCAGCGUUCCCCAAUGUAUCUACACUUUUAGCUGUGUAUGUGUUUUUAAGUAUCAUAGCGUCAGCUGGUUUUAUUAUUAAUAUUGUUCACGCUGCUUUCUGCUGUGCUGCGAUAUGUUGCAUUCCAAAACGCAAUCACGGACAGGUUUUUUAUUCUUCUGGACGACCACAACUUGUGGAACUUGGCAAUGGGCAAUAUAUAUUAAUACAAGGGGAAUCCCUUGUGCCACCUGGGUAUCCCGGCCCUCCUUCAGGGGGUAAUAACAGUGAACCAAUCAUGCCUGCGUUGUUACACCCACCCCCAUCUUCUCCCCAAAGUGAAGAGGAUCCGAACAAGCGGAUUUCCACCCCGCCUCCCCCGUACACGUCAAGAGAAGAUUUAUCAGCUGGUCCAUCGAAUAGACGAUAAAUGAAAUUUGAUGUGCAAUGGUGUUGUAUGUUAUCCUCAUCUCGCAUAAGGGUUGGAAAAACACCCUCCUCGGGCGAGUUUGCUUCUGGUGGCGAAUUGCUGAACAAAUUUACUAUCAACAAACAUAUGUCAUUGUAAAUUACUCAGAGUCACACAUUACACCUUAGAGUGUUCAUGUGACAAUUUUUAGUUACAAAACUGUGGAACGCCAUCAAAUCAAGAGUGGAUGCAAGUAGGGCUGUCCAAAACCGAAUAUACUCAACAGCUACAAAUCGAUUCUAUUUAUAGAACUGGCGUCUUUGAUGAUAUUAAAUUGUCUUUAUCUCCUUGUGUUCUCUCAAAAAACGUCAUCUUUAAAUCUUUGUUAUCAUGCAUUUAUGAUCAUGCAUGAAAUGGAUAAUUACAUGUCACCGGCAAUAGGAGAGACACCGUUUACAGCAAAGAAAGCGAUAGAAAUACGUUUUUGCUUUCUUGGUGAAAAACGCAGUGAAAAGGUGGUCGUGAGGCGCAUUAUGUACCAAAUUUUAGUGAUUCGCAAAUUCACUGAAAAUCGCUUCGAAUAAUUUGCGAUUCGAUUUUGAAUAUUUGGUUCGCUUGGACAGCUCUAGAUGCUAGAAAAACUUAUAUAACGUUUAUGUAUUUACCUCAAGCACCGUUUCCCAACUUGGCGCCGCUAUUUAUGGAUAUAUUGCUUUGGUUUGGGAUAAAUUCAAAUUCUAGAGAACACCAUAUCCAAUCGAUUCAGCAGAAGGCCAUCACUCAUGAACAAAAUUUUGCUAUCUAUAGAAGCCAUGACUGGUACAUCAUUUUUGUAAAAUUUCAACUCAAAAUGUGUUCGUAAUAUCGAAUCUACAACAAUUUUCGUAAUUAGCUUAUUAAUAUUUCAUGUGCUCUUUCAUUCACUCCCUAGCUAGUAAAUCAAAUAGAGAGGAUGUGUUUUGCUCCCUGAUUAGCCAAUCUUAUCACCCUUUUCUCUCCAGAGAUAAACCCGUGAAGAUUCACAACCAGACGCACACGCCUUCCAUAAACAAUGCGCUCUGAUUUACGGUACUUGACAUGUUCACCAACAUAUGUUAUACGUAAUAAUGUCUUCGGUAGAGCGUGUCGUGCUUUGGGGAAACACUAUCAAAAUUUUACUUCAAAUCACAGCGCUUCUGUGCCGAGGUUAAAGUUGUCUCGCGGUCCCCCUAAAGUCGCUUCGCGGACCUUAAGGGACCACGAACCCCAGUUUGAGAACCAAUGUGUUAAGGUCUAACUUGGCAAUGUAAAAUUUUAGAACAAAUUACUGGAUGUCCUGCUAGACGAGAGGACAUGGUUUGAAAUAUGACUAAGCCAUCCAGUCGGCUCUCCUCUCCAUUAAGAUAUUAUGAAAAGUCCUCUCUUAGUUUAUCACUGCAAUUUAAUUGCUACAAUGUAGCCUAUAUACAGCCAAACAUAUCAAAUGUUGAAUUUUUAAUUCUUAUUCUGACAAUUUUUUUUUUAACUUUUAUUCUGUACAAUUUUUUGAUAAAUGCAAUUAUUUAAUUUUCAGCUGCUGUAAAUUUUGUCUUUAUCAUGUCAAAUACGGAUCGGGAUAAAUAUAUAGCGCCACUCAGUGUUACUUGAUCUUAGUAAAAUAUAAGUAGGCUAGCUAGCUCUCACUCCAGCUUUUAGCAUUUCAGGGGCUAAACAUAACUUUGCUCAGACUCCGAGAUGAGUCUGCUUUUUUUUCUCUACUUUUGAGUGAGCGAACCAUGUUUUAAACAAAUUAAUUACAAAUAGGCAACAACUUUACUUGUACAGUAGCAGUGUUUCUCAGUGUGAAAAUUAAAUACUUAUUAGUUAUUUGUUUUUUCUGGUACUGCUUUUCAUAUUUUGAACUACCGAUACAGUUGAGUACCUUUCUGCAAUCACCACUUAUUUUAAUUGGUACUUUUUUAUUUGGAUCAGUUUUUCUUUAUACGGGGGGUGAGCCACGUAACUGGUACAUGAAAUUUAUUUGUUUCACAUUUUUCAAUUUUUUAUUCUAUGGUGCACAUAUUAUAUCAUCAGGUUGGAUUCUGUGAUUUCAUUAUACUUAGCUUCGCAGACAUAUUUUUAAAUUUGUGGGCCAUCGAAAAAUAUGGCAAACUCUUGUUAAUUUGGUUGGCCACUUUUGAAAAGUUGGAUUUUCGAGAGUUCUAUUUUAAAUGCAACUGUUAUUAAUCAUAUGGAAAUUUCCUCUAAUUUUGAAACCGUAAAUGCAAAAUGAAUGACUCCCCCACUUUCCAUGGACUGCCAAGCUUAUUGGCACCUGGGGUAUAUUCAGCGCUGGGAUUCAAUUUUUUUGUCAGCCAGUUCCAUCACAAAAGCUAUAUUUUUCAGUCGGUUCUGUUACAGAAAACAUGUUUUUUUUCAGUAAUACUAACCGGUUCGCUGAACUGAUAAAAUUUUGUGUCUAUACUCUAUUUACGGUUCUAUAGAACCGGUGCGAACCGGCUGAAUCCCACAACUGGGUAUAUUGUAUGAAGCACUUUCCUUUCCUAAUCAACUCCACAGUGUUGUGCCUGUGCGUGUUCAGUGCUUUUACUAUUUUUCGACAUUUUUCAGGAAUUUUUUGAAUAACAAUACUUUCAUUCAAUAUUUAGUUCCAAAAUUUUCGCUUUUUAAUAUUUGCACAGAAGUAAAGUGUGUUUUGAAAUAUAGGGUGUCCAUGAAGUCUGGAAUUUUUUUAAAAAGCUUAUCAAUACCAUAUAUUGUUUUAGCCCUCACAGAUGUAUUAAAUGAAGUUAAAAUAAUUGAACAAUUACUGAUUUAAGAACAACAAAUCUGGUCAACAUUUAUUGAGAACUGACUUCAUAAUGAAAUUGAGACUUUAUGGACACCCUGUGCAUCUCAGUAUUCUUGAUAUAGACAUCCAAGUGUCAACAUAUUCAUUGGUGCUAUAUUCUAUUUUUUCGGCGCUCCAGAAGUAUGUGUACCAAUAUUAGGGUAACUAAUUUUGUUCACCUGCCUAAUUCAAGUUGUGUAAAGGGACAGAAGCCCAUGGGCAGGGGGUAUAUUCCCUAGGCUAACACAGACAGUCCCCGAACUCGUAAUAGGACCGAAAUAAGGGAAAUAUGAAUAAAACUAUGACCCUAACAUGGUACACACACUUCUGGAGUACCUUUCAUUCACUAUAUAUUUCCCAAAUUUUCAAAAAACUCAAUCCUUAUUUGCACAGCAGUGGAAUGUGCUUGAAAUAUACUUUAUCUCAAUCUCAAUAUUCCUGAUAUAGAUAUCCGAAUGCCAACAUUUUCAUUGGUGCUAUAUACCUUUACUAUUUUUCAAUGUCUCUCAUACUUAACAGUUCUUGCUGAAUCAAAUGUUUCUUUGUAAAUCAUCGAUAAUCAUGUUUUUUCAUAUUCCUCUCGUUCAAUUCCAAUACUCAACAUUAUAUCUGAA